AUGACAGACAAGCUCAGCGACGCCCACUUCGAAGCCACCGCAGCAGCUCUCGACACAAUCACCGACCAAGCAGCCACCCCCGAAGACCCCAAGUCCACCCUCCACACCCCUUCAAACCACGAAAAGUCGCACAAAUGGCUGAAACGCAUCUUCCCCUACGAUAGCCUCGAGGCAAUGGAAUCCGCCUGGCACAUGGGCAACUACGUCAUUGACCGCAAGACCGGCGAAAAGACCUUUGAACCCAUGAGCAUCUACGUGCGCGUGGGAAUGCAUGCUUUGUACUAUGGGUCUCAGCAAGAAAAGGCUCUGCAGUGGAGACGCACCGUCAAGCUUUUGGAAGAGCAGAGUAGGAAGAUGGGCAGGCAGUAUGACGAUCCCGCAAGUGUGGAUCAUAUCGUGCCGUUUAUCGAGAGCUUCAAUCUGCAGGAGAGUAUGUCCGAGAUGAAGGAGCCGAAUCCGACCAAGUACAGGAACUUCAACGACUUCUUCUCGAGAGAAAUCAGAGAGGAUGCAAGACCCAUUGAUGAGCCAGGAAACGAUCUCGUCGUCUCCUCCCCAGCAGACUGCCGCCUCACAGCCUUCCCAACCAUCGAUCUCGCAAGAAAGUACUGGAUCAAAGGCUACGGCUUCACAGUCUCCAAACUCCUAAACUCCACUCCCCUCGCCUCCACCUUCGACAACGGCUCCAUCGUCAUCGCCCGCCUCGCGCCCCAAGACUACCACCGCUGGCACUCCCCCGUCUCCGGCACCAUCGAAUCCGUCACCGAAAUACCCGGCGCAUACUACACCGUCAACCCCCAAGCCAUCAAUGAAUCAGGCACUCUAGAUGUGUUCUGCGAAAACAGACGUAGUGUGAUGAUUGUCAAGCGCGCAGGCUCAAGCUCCCGAGUCGCGAUCAUUGCCGUUGGAGCAAUGUUGGUGGGAAGUAUCAAAUACAACUCUGGCAUUGACGUCGGCAGAGAAAUCCGCAGAGGAGAAUGUCUGGGUGCAUUCCAGUAUGGAGGUUCUACGGUCAUCAACCUCUACCAAGAAGGCGAUGUCAAACUUGACGAAGACUUGGUCAGAAACUCCACUGAUGGUGUUUGUGAAACAUUGGUCAAGGUAGGCUGGCGCGUCGGUGCUGGACCAAGUGCGGGCAUUUCGGCUUAG